AUGAUUCCCGUGCUGAUCUGUGUUUUGAUUUCACUGAGCGUGGCCACCAACGACCUGGACUCUCUGUACCCGGAGCUGGAGCACUCCAGAACCAUCUAUGUCACAGAAAAUGGCCCUCGCCUCUCGGUGGUGUCGGAACAAUCGAAAGUCGUGUCGCGGCGAGGAGGAAACGCCACGUUACCAUGCAAGAUCCAGAGGGACCAAUCACUGGCGCCCAACCGCAAGAUGAGGAUCAAAUGGACCAAGCUGACCUCAGACUACCUGAAAGAGGUGGAUGUUUUCGUCGCCAUGGAUUACCACAAGAGGAGCUACGGCAGUUUCCACGGACGGGUCCACCUGCAAGGCUCCUCUCCCAUGGACGCCUCUCUGGUCAUCACAGAAAUCACCCUGGAGGAUUAUGGGAAAUAUAAAUGUGAAGUUAUUGAUGGGCUGGAAGACGGAACGGCGGUGGUGUCUCUUGACCUUGAAGGUAUUGUUUUCCCGUACUUCCCCCGCCUUGGCCGCUACAACCUCAAUUUCUACGACGCCGAGCGGGCCUGUCGCGACCAGGAUUCAAUCGUGGCGUCCUUCGACCAGCUGUAUGACGCGUGGCGAGGAGGCAUGGACUGGUGCAACGCUGGCUGGCUGAACGACGGCUCGGUGCAGUAUCCCAUCACCACCCCGAGAGAACCCUGCGGAGGCAAGAACACGGUGCCGGGCAUUCGCAACUACGGCCUGAGAGACAAGGACAAGAACCACUAUGAUGUCUUCUGCUUCACCUCCCAUUACAAAGGUCGGUUCUAUUACCUGAUCCACCCCUCUAAGUUGACCUAUGACGAGGCAGUCAGGGCGUGUCAAAAAGAUGGUGCUCAGAUCGCCAAGGUCGGCCAGAUGUAUGCCGCCUGGAAGCUGCUGGGCUAUGACCGCUGCGACGCCGGCUGGUUGGCUGACGGCAGUGUCCGUUAUCCCAUCUCCCGCCCCCGCCGGCGCUGCAGUCCCACAGAAGCAGCCGUGAGGUUCAGCGGCUUCCCCGACAAAAAGCACAAGCUGUACGGAGUGUACUGCUUCAAGGGCAACAACUGA